AUGGCAGACCAUGGUGGAGAUGCCCCGGCUGUACCUCCGCCAAUCUAUCAACUUCCAGACUGGGAGACGAUAACUCAUCCUCCUAAACCUCGUCAAUCGCUGUUAGGCCGUAUCCUUCCUUCGAGGGAUGUUCUGGAUGAACCACCAUCCGCCUCAGUUCAACGCACAACAACCGCAGACCUUGAGCAAGCCAAAGAAGAACCUGGUCGAGCGUCUACGCUCCCAACAUAUGCUCCUUCAACUGCUGAGAACAAUACGGCAAAAUCUAGGCUCGUUUCUUCGUUGCAUAAGCGCCUAGAUUUGGUAUUUCCGCCACAUCGAACCUACUUCGGACGCUCGCGACGCUUUCUGUUUCUCUGCAUUGUCCUGCCUAUCGCCAUAUUCCUCUUCGUCCUUACCCCGCUGGCCAUCGGCCUCGGCGUUGGCCUAUCACGCCGCUCGUCCAAGACGCAAAACUUGCCUCUGCCGAGCAACAAGAGCGUGUUUACUGGCGACUUAACAUACUACGAGCCUUCUCUGGGUGCGUGCGGCAUACAGUCGAACAGCGGCGAGGAUAUCGUCUCCGUGUCUCACAUUAUCUUCGAUGCCGCGAGCCAAGGAUCUGAUCCGAACGCGAAUCCGCUUUGUGGGAUGAAAAUCAGAGUUACGAGAGACUUUGUCGAAGCCGGCAUGGGGAACCGGAGCGUGGACGUUACUGUGGUGGACCGAUGCGUCGGUUGUGCAGCUACAGAUCUGGAUCUAAGUACUGCCGUGUUCGAGCAGCUAGCACUGCUGAACACCGGAAGGGUGGUUGGCAAUUGGGCGUGGUUGAGCUGA